CUGCACAAGUGUUUAUAUCGUGCAGCCUUGCACGCGAAAGGUUGAGUAAAGAAAAACAACUUUGAUAUUCACAGCGGUUUGUAAAAAGUUCAACAAACAACGAGAAUUAUUAAUUGAGGAAAAAAGGGCAAAUUCUAAAACCGAAUUUAAUAUACAAGAUCGCAGGUGGCCGGUCUCAAAAGCAAUUGAUAUUCAAAAUUUCAUGAUGUCAACGCGUGUUGAAUCAAAUAUAGCAGAAAAGCAACACGAAGCUCGUCACAAAAAAGUGAAACGUGUCCGAAGCUCGCCCAUUGAUCUUUUGGUAUGGGAAUACGCAAAUUCGUUGGACCGAACGAAGACGUUCGAAAAACUCAAGGAGGCUACCGAACAUUUCGACAUAGACGAACUUAAUGCGUCUGGGUUGAACGCGUUGCAACAAUGCGCGCUGGAUGGCAACCUAGAGGGAUUGAAAUUGCUCCUCUCGCUCGGCGCUGACUGCAAUAAGCGAGGACGAGGUGGAUGGACUGCCCUACACUACGCCGCGAGCGAAGGAUAUUUGGAGAUUGUCAGAUACUUAAUGAGAAAUGGCGCCAAUGUGAGGAUUGCCGAUCACAAUCAUAAAUUUCCCGUCGAAAUUACCGAAGACGAAAGUAUAUUAAAACUUUUACUACGCGCCACAAUCGUUUCCAAAGGGACGCUGUUGGCAGGCUCGAACGAAAGACGGACAAGGUACCUGCAUAAAGAAUCUGUAUAAUAUAUUUGUAAUUCUACGAUGACCUGCUUUGCCCACGCACAGAGGCUUGACUCAGUUGUUUCACCAGACGGACGACCGACGACAGACGUGCCCGCAGAAAGAGUCGGUGUAAAAUAUUGCUGCAUGUAUUAUGUAUAGGCCCUGUGCAAUUUUUCUACAAUAAUUCGAACUGCGAUAAACUAAGAACUAAUAACUUGUAGUAUAGAUUGAAACCAAGGAAUUUCUAUUUAACACAAUAAAUAUAUGCAAGCUUGAAGCUGUGCAAUUAACGAAGAAUGUCUAUAUUGAGUAUUGUUUGUCGACCGAAGGACGGCAAGGUUUGUCUGCACAAAGAGUUUCUGCAAAACGAAGUUUUAAUUUUAAGAAACGCGAUUAAAUCGUUACUUAUAUUUGGAAAGUGUAAAACAGGGUUUGUAGUUUUUAAGGCAC